GACGGGCCGGGCCAUGGCCGACGACUUCGGCUUCUUUUCCUCGUCCGAGGGGGCCGGCGCCGAGGAGGACCCGGCCGCCGCCUUCCUGGCCCAGCAGGAGAGCGAGAUCGCCGUCAUCGAGAACGACGAGGGGUUCGGGCCGACCGACGGCGAAUCGGCCACCGCCCCGGCCGGGCAGGCGGCCCCGCCGGAACCGGCUGGUUUCCAGAAUGGAGGAGCCACUGUCAAUGGAGAUGUCUUUCAGGAGUCCAACGGCCCCACAGAUGCCUACGCAGCCAUAGCCAAGGCUGACCGGCUGACCCAGGAACCUGAGAGCAUCCGCAAGUGGAGGGAGGAGCAGAAGAAGCGCCUGGAGGAGCUGGAUGCAGCAUCGAAGGUGACUGAGCAGGAAUGGCGUGAGAAGGCCAAGAAGGACCUGGAGGAGUGGAACCUGCGUCAGAAUGAGCAGAUGGAGAAGAACCGGGCAAACAACAGGAUCGCUGACAAAGCCUUUUACCAGCAGCCGGACGCCGAUGUGAUUGGCUAUGUGGCCUCAGAGGAAGCAUUUCUGAAGGAGUCCAAGGAGGAAACCCCGGGCUCUGAGUGGGAGAAGGUGGCCCAGCUCUGUGAUUUCAACCCCAAGAGCAGCAAGCAGAGCAAGGAUGUCUCGCGGAUGCGCUCGGUGCUCAUCUCCCUCAAACAGACGCCCCUGUCCCGCUAGUUGCCGCCUGUCACGGCCUGGAGCGCAGCGGGGCAAAGCCAGGCUCACCGGCGGCUUCGUGGGGCCAGCCCAUGAGGGGCCUCACCCUGCCUGCCCCCUUCUCCCUGGUGUGUGCCUCGGCUGCACUCGAGUCACUGGUUGUAACUCUCCCCAUGGUUUUCCUUUGCUUAAAAGGUGCAUCAGUCUCUUUCUACACUUAUUUAUUACUGUGGCAUUUCCCGGGAAGCGACACUGGGUGGCAGAGCUGAGUUCGGGGGAGAGCCCCCAGCCUGGGCUCUGCGAGAGGUUGUGCCCGGGCGCCUGGCUGGGUGAGAGGGGGAACACAGCGCCCGCUGUUCCCCACCUCAUCCCUGUGCUGGGAAUAAACCUGCCUGCGCCUGUCCUGGUGCUGGGUGAGUGUAGGCAUGGCAGCCCCGCGUCUGGGCCUGGGUCUUAGCCACAGGGCAGUGAUCCUAGUGGGACCCCUGGCACCCGUCUGCCUUUCUGGCGGGGUUUAGAGCAGAGCUGGCUGCGGGGCUGGGAGGGCAGAGGAACAGCCCUGACUCAGCUCCGCAUCACAAGGUCCUGCAGGGAGCGCGGCUGCAGGGCCUGAGGAAUGCAAGUGCAGGCAGCCAGGCUGGGCCGGGACUGCCAGCGGUUGCCCCAAGCCCAGCAGGACUCUCCCCAGCCUGGCUGCACACUCUGAAAAGCUGUCAGGGCUCCGAGCAGCAGUAGCAGUGUCUGUGUCCCGUCUGUCCUGUGGGACUGCUGGUGCCAGGCAGCAUGGUGAUGCAGGGCACCAGGAGGGGCCAUGGGGUGAGUGUGCAGGAUGUUUUCUGUCCCUCCCCCAAGGCCACCAGCAGUUGGGAAUGUGGGGUGCCAGACUUUGGGGGCCCUUGGCUCUGCUCUGCUCCUUUCCCUGCUACUAGGAUGGGAGGCAGAGGCUGUGUGCUUGCAGGGAAGCAGGUAGGAAGGUCCAGCUGCUGUGGGGCAGGUUGAGCCUCCGGCUCCCUAACCCAGGGGCCCAGAGCAGGAUUGGGCAGUUCUGGUGCUGGGGUUUGUGCCGUCCCUGGACAACAAGCCGCGCGUCUGUCUGCAGCUGCUCUGUGGGCUCCUCUCUGGUCCCUGCUGGAUUUGCACACCUAAGGCAGUGUGGUGAGAUGCCGCAGUUGCGCUCCCUGCCCUACAAGGCACAAGCUUUCUUGCCCAAACACCAGCUUUCUCUCUUUUGCUUGGUGGGACCAGCAACCAGCCCCUCUGGCUCGGAGUCCCAGCCCUUGAAACAUGCAGAACUCCAGCUAGCAGGAGAGGGGGAGGCCUGUGUGCACUGUGCCAUGUUUCUGGCCCACUGGGGGCUUGGGAAGAGCUUGCAGCAGCACGCUGGGGGGACAUGCAGCAAAGCCCACAAAACAUUUGCUUGAGCCUCACUGCAGAGCCCUGCUCAGCUGAUAAAGCAAGUGUGCAGAGCUGUGCUGGCCUGCAGCUAUGGCUCUGCGAGUCAGGAAGGUCACCUGCCCUGCUGCUGCAGCCCUCGCGGGGUGCUCUGGGGCAGGGGCUCAGCAGCGGGCUGGAAAGGGAAAUGGGUGCGUGGGGAGUCACUUGGUGUUGUGUGCUGGGAUCGCGCCCCCUUGUCUGUAGGGCUGAUCACUCCUACGCUGUCCCCCUGCGCUCCAGCACGCAUAGGCAGCUCUGCUGCAGCGCAGGAUGGACGCCAAUGCAGGAUACCUCGGGAUUUGGCUGCCUGCCUCUCCCUUUCACUGCAGAGCAACGGGAAGCGCUGGGGGUAGGAGCGCCCCUCGCGCUCUGUCCCUCUGGCUCCGCAGGCAGCUGAGCCCCUGGGUCCCCCAGCUGCUGUGCCCCUCAUGUCAGGCAGGGGCAGCCAGCUCCCGAGGAGCCGUGCCCACAGCUGUUCUACAUCCCCUCGGCUUUGGUAUCUGUGACUGUUCAAAUUACCUGUGACAAUAAACCACAUCUACAAUC